ACUGUGCAGACAGCAUAAAGACAAGAGCGAAACUCAUAAACGUCUCUCAAACGGACUCCUUCUCCAAACAUCACCAUGACUCGACAGAUCCUGAGCCUGUCUCUUCUUCUCUCCCUGUGUUUGGGAACCCUGGCAGUUGAAGAGGAAACGUUGGAGGUCAUAUCUGUGGUUUCUGCGAACUGCACCCUUCAAUGCACGGCUCGGUACACGCCUGGAGUCCAGUACCUUGCAGUGAGAUGGUACAAGGUCUCAGACGCUCCGGACCCCGGUCUCUCGGGCCUUCUGAGCAGAAAGCUCCCCAACGGGCCGACCCAAUUGUACACGGGCGUGCAGUGGGAGGUGGACCUGCAGGGGGGAACCAGAGACAUCUUCCUGCCCAACGUCACCUGCUCAGACCGCGGCACGUACGCCUGUCACCUGGCGGCGCCGGUGGGGCAGCAGAACCGGGAGGGGCAGGUGACCCUCACCCUCACAGAUUGUCUCACCGAAAUGACAGACGCCUACCUGGUGAUUUUGGCCUCAGUGGUGCUGCUGCUUGCACUUUUAAUUUUCCUCAUAAGCUACAAGAGUCUGACCAAAACCCUCGGAGACAGAAACAAGACGCUACAAAAAGAAGCUUUCCUGGAUCCAAACAAACCACUGGAUGAAAAGGACUUGAAGUCGAUUAAGAUCCUGGGUCCUAAAGUGUCUAAAGAGAAGCAGUUCUGGGUCUGAAGAACAACACGAGGCUGGAAAGAGGGAGUGCCUGAAGACUCCACAAAAUGGCUUCUUUCCAACGUAAGGAUCCACACUUCCUGCAUGUUAGCGUCUAUAGGAGCCACUUUAAUUCGGACAGCCUUAGCAGGAGGACCUUCCUACAAACCCACCACACGACUCAUGAUGUCUCCUCACAGAAAAGUUGCAUUGGACAAUCUUUUAAUCACAAGUAAUGAUUUCUAAUUAACGAUCCCUUCAAAUUGUAAUCUUCAGUCACGGACCUACUAAAACUCUCCUGAAGCUAAACGAGAUGUGGAGCCAGAGCGGGCUCGUCCUCCCCGGGGAGAAAACUGGACGUGGAGCUGGUCAGCGAGGUGGAGCAGAAAGUCAGCGAGGUGGAGCAGAAAGUCAGCGCGGUGGAGCAGAAGCUCAGCGGUUCGAAACCCCGACUCCCCAGGUCCAUGUGUGGAAGUAUCCUGGGAAAAGACCCUGAUCAACAUCCGAUUUGGGAGGAAUAUCUAAUGUAUGUCAUUUAAAUGUUGCUGCUGGUAAGGGUUGAGUCCUUGGAAGAAACACUGACCCUCAAUCUGCUCGCCUUGCAUCAAUGCCAUCAGUGUGUGUGUGUGUAUCAUCUCGACUAAAUUCCCAUUUUCUAGUUUUUCUAUAGCUGUGUAAGAUUGGUCCAUAUCGAAUCAUCUGAGGAAGACUGUGAGAUUUGGUUUAAAAAUCUAGGAAAUGGAACUUGAGUUAAGAUGAUUUGGUUAUUAAAAAAGUCAACCAAACGCUCAGGAAACAUAAAGUGAGCAAACAUUUGGCACCACUGAUAACAGCAGAGCCUAUCAAGGCAUGAUCUCUAGAGAGUCAUUAGAAAGAGUCAUUUUGCUAAAAGGACACGAACUAGUGAAUCAAUCCAUAGAAAACACAUGAUUGAUGAACCUGAGCAAAGUGUUGCACCUGUGGAAGACUUGCAUCGCUGCAGCUAUGAACUAAUGCUUCUGUACCGAAGCAGAGAGUCUUAUGUAUCUGACUUUACGGCAGUGGAUGUCGUGCUCUUCUUUGAGCCCUCAGACUUCAGGACGGAUAUUACUUCAUGUUCCUCUCCAGAUCCCAAUACUUUUAGAAUAAAUAGUGCUUUAAGUUCUGCAUUAAGUACAAUGUUGAGGUCAUUGCACCUGAGCAACUGGUUCAUAAUAUGACGACCUAUUAUGGGCGGAGAUGCAUGGCAGUAUAUUCAAGUUAGCUCCACCUUUACCAGCAGCAACAUUACAAUGAACACAUUCAGAAAAUGGACGAUUUCCAUUUGUUUUACUUGAGUAAAAAAUGAAUGCAGGACUUUUACUUGUAGCAGGAUACUUCUACUUUGUUGUAUUACUACUUUGACUCAAGUUAAAGAUCUGAGUUCUUCUCACACCUCUGAAAAUGAACGCCCAGCUGAAUAGUUGCAGCAAGUUGAAUGUGCAAACAGGAACCUGACUGUUCAUCCUGUUUUAAACUAUUGGAUAAUCAUAAAAGAAGAACAGGGUGUGGAACUGAAACCUGUUGGAGCAAGUAUUCAGAUCCUUUACUCUAGUAAAAGUACUAAUGCUACACUGUAAAAAUACUACAAGUGCAAGUAAAAGUCCUGCAGCGAGAAUGGUACUUAAGUUUAGGUCGACUCAGAAAAAUGUACUCUUUGAAGAAAAGUCUCAAAAAGAUUUCAAACACGAAUCUUAUAUUUUGAAUGAGCCCUAUUGGGCUUUGUUGAGUGUUCCCUCUCCUACAGUGUGUUAUCGUUUGUUCUGUCAAGGGUCCCUAUUCUUCUUUUAGGGGUUUUUCCUUUGAUACAGUUUUGUGUGCAUGUAAAUGGUCUGCAAAGGCUAAAAUCCCUGUGUUCCCUACAGAGGGAGUUUCUCUCCCACUCACUCUGGUUUCAGACAGAGGGUGAAAAGAGGCAGAAUGAGAAAGAUGGAUAACGAUUUGAGCAUUAAAGCGUGGAGACGUGUCUCAGAAGAGGCGCUACAUACUGAUAGGAAAACCUGAAACAUUAUUUCAAAUCAUUGAAUGAAAACAAGCAAAUCUAAAUUAUUGACACACAAAAAUAAAUCACAACAAUGUUUUGAAUAUAUAUAUAAUAAUCGAUAUUCAAAUGGAUGCCAAUCUACCCACUAAUUGCUUUGUUGUGAAAUAUGUUUGAGGGUUUAAUCAUCACGUGCUUCACAACGACCAAAGACGUUUCAUUAUGUGCCUCUAUACAUGAAUGCUUUUGUAGAAAUACUUUGUUCGAGGACAAGAAGAAGAGUUCUUUAUUUUUAUAUAUUAUGUCUGUUUAAUAAAGUGUUUUUGUUUGGAACGUA